AAAAAUCAAUUGUUUUGAGAAUAGAGACUCCCAAAGACAUUUCUCAGCAUGCUACGGUAAAAAUUGAUGUUCAAUAUAUAUUGCUCAUAUAUGGUGAUGCUGAGGAAUUUUGUAAAUGUGCUAAUGAUGGAUCUCUUAUGGAUCAUAUUGCUUCUGUGCGAAAGCAUUAUCCAUCUUACACAAUCUGCUGCCUUACAAAUAGGUUGAUGUCUUUUAUCAAUAAAAGGGAGCAACAGAAGUAUAAACAACAAAAGGUUGCUAGUGACUGGAUACGUCCACCUGUGGAAAAGCUGUUUGCCAAGUUGACUACUCAGUUCUCCAAUGUUCAUAUAAGACAAUGUGUUGAUGAGGCUGAAGUAGCUGAACAUGUUGUUGGGUUGACAAUCAACCUUGCCAAGUGCCAUUCUCGCAAGAAGCUGACACACUUGUCUGUGAAUGCCAAUGGAUGUAAUGUGACCAAGGAUUGUCUGUACAGAAGCGCUAUAAAGAAGGAUUCGUGCUGCUGAUGGCCUACCUCCAGUCAGUAAGUUUUAAUGAACCAACCUAAGAGAAGGAGCAUUUAGGUAAUCCAAUGUUAUUCUGUUAGUAGUAUCUUGAGCAGGACGGUUGGUUAUAUGGUAAGGAGAAUCAGAGAUACAAUGUAUGAGGAAGAGUAGAGAGUACAGAGGGUAUUCUGAAGAUAAAAUUGAUAUUUUAGUUUAACUAGUUGGGAGAUAAUCAGGCCACUUGAAAUUUGAUAUUCUAUCCUUUAUUUUUCUGUGAUUCUAGUAUUAUCAAUUUAAAUCUCUUUCUUCAACCUUUAUAUCUGCUCUAGAAACAUGAUGCAAGUGCAAAUGUUCUACAGUUCCACCUGUAAAUAGGUAUAUUGCUUUGCUGGGUUUGAUUUUAUGAGAAAUAAGUAAUUUGGCUGAGUGGUAUUAGUGAUAAGUAAUGUUACCACAUGACCACCAAUCUGCUAUGAAUCGGGUCGAACCACACCAACAACCAAUUCGGGUUUAUGAAUGAAGGCACAAACACAAGGCCAAAGGAUUUGAUCAGUAGCAGCAGCAGCUUGUAGCAGGAAGAUGCCAAAAAGUUUUAAUGAUCCACUAUGUAUUGUGGCAAUAGGUUUCUCUAUGGUGAAAGCCACUUUUGCAUUACAUGACAAAAAUCUUAAUGACUAGAGUACCUUAUAUGGGUAAGGGGCUUGGUAUAUAAGGGAUAGCAAUGUAACAGUGAAGGGUAUAUUUUUGGAGAAAUUAGUAAGUAGUGUAGCUGUAGCAUUCCUCAAGAAAUCAGCUUUAGCUUAUUUUCCCUUGUAGCCGUAAUCUUCAAAUAUUAAUCAAAAUAUCCAAGCUUUCCCCUGUUUUUGGGUUUUCUAUUGCAAUCAUUGAAUCUGAUUUUCCAGUCUAUAGCAACUUGGUAUCAGAGCAGUCACGGUGGAGGAAAAGCUCACAGGUCUAGUAACACAAAUAGCUGACAUAAAUGGGAAGUUCGACUCACAAGAAGCAACCAUCGGAAGGGUGGUUCAGGCUGUUGUGGCUCAAGCCUUGGAAACGGAGAGGAAGCAGUCGGAGGAGGCUAUGGCCAACACCACCACCAGUUGGAGGCCCGAAUCAACCGAUUUUGGGAAACCCAUGAGAAGCAAGCCGCAAUUGGAGAGAGAACAAAACAAGUUCAUGGAGGAGAUGAAGAAUGCGGCGACCGGUACGUAAGGAAAGGCUACCGUAUGAAUUUCGAACUUCUUACGAGGGGUCAUUAUAUGAGUAAUGGCUCGCAGUGGU